AUGGAUCUGCUUUCUUUUCCUCCGGAAAUACUUGACAAAAUAUGCAAAGAGCUCUGCAAUCACUGUCAGACUAAGCACCUCUCUCAUAUCCCCCACGAACAAGACCUGAUCACAUCUUGUCCAAGUAAAAUCUGGGAGCACGAUGCCGAAGGCGUCAAAGCCCUUGUUAAUCUUUCCAAGACAUGUCAAACGUUGAACACACUCACUCUGCCCCAUCGCUACCACCGCAUCGAACUCAAGCGCGACAUCCCCGAUACCCGGGAAUUCAUCGCACAUAGCAGAGAUAGUGCGCAUCAUGCCCUCAAACAUGUUCGCAGUCUCAGCUUGGCCUGUACACAGGCAAUGACCGAUUGCUACAAUCAAUUACCGGAUAGUCAAAAACACGGUCCCAAUUUCCUCUGCAUGGUGUUUCAUCAUGCGCUCAAGAUCCAGCUGCUUCGUAUAAACCUCAACUUGGACGAUCAAUUCAAUGUCUCCCGUCGAACAACGGCAGAGUCACUACGGUAUCUACACAUUGAGUAUUCUGACUCCGAGUCAUACUACUACCUCGAAUGCUUUCAGAUAUUUUAUUUGCUCCGAGAGGCGCUCAAGCUCGACACUCUGGUCAUCCAAGUCACCAGUUUGUUCGGUUGGUUUCCGUCAUUGAGACUUGGAAAUGUCAAAUGUCUCAAACUUGUCGACACCAUGGUUAGUCCUGAGUGCCUCGGAAAGCUUCUCAAAUCAUGCCCACAGCUUGCAUCAUUCAUAUUCAGCUUUCCCGCAAAUAUGCGUGACUGGUUGGAAGGAGGAGAUGGUCAUAUGACUACACUCCAAACGCUGCCGCAAGUGCUUUCUGUACGACAGGAAACGCUACGGUAUGUUGAACUUUACUGGGGGCCACAACCUGUAAAUGAUAACGAAAUGCACAUCGUGGGCUCUUUCAAGGCGUUGACUAACCUUGAGAGGCUGGCCCUGGGCGGUCCGGGGUUUCGCUUUGAAAAGGCUGAGAACAACAAGACGCUAGAGACAUGCCUUGUCAGUCUCCUGCCACCGUCAAUCCGCAGCGUCAGCAUUGAUUCGGAUCAUAUGAGCAUCCAUGAACCGAUUUUCGCACUGGGUGAAGCGGUCAAGCAGGGCUCGUUUCCGAUGCUGAAGGAGGUCCGAUGCUAUAAUUGGUUGUAUGUGCAUUUGAAGGGUUUCUUGCUUGAGAAGGCUUCUACACAUUCAUCUAUAACUCGAGAGGGGUUGCAAGAUUGCUGGGAGAGUAGCAAAUCCUCACAUCGUCUACUAUUACAGUUAAGCAGGACAUGUGAUGUAUCGUUCAGUGCAACGAACAAGGGCCUUUUUGAACGUGGUGCUGGGAGGCGGAAAAGAAGUUAG